CAUGGUUAAUUGACCGUGUCCCCAAUAUGGCAGAGUGACUGAGGCUAGUUCCCCAAACCGGGGUGUUUUUCUGCCAAAAUCUGCCCGUUUUCCGACGAAAUUUCCCUCAGAUUUUGGCCAGGACGAAACCUCAGACCAUGUAGAUGGAGAAUUCUGCAGGAAAGUCGCGGUUAGCGCGGUUCUAGCGGCGCAGAAGAGCUCGAUUUGACAAAAGUUGCUCCUGCCUUCAUCCGGCCUCCCGAGCGAAAAAAAUAUGGGGGAUGAGGGGGAGACUGCGGACACCGCCGGUACCCCGGACAAAAAUACUCCGUCUCAACAACAGAACAUGCAGAAACGACUGGAAAAUACAAUCAGUCAAUCAGUUCAAGACAAGAUCUCAGCAAUUGUGGAAGACGUGUCGUCCUUCUCAGACUUGGAGAAGCUGCUGCUGUACCUGAAGCUGCCAACAGGGGGCGCUAGGAAGCAUGAGGAGUUCAAGCCACAGAAUGCACAGCCCUCCAGUAUGGCCUCUCGUGUGGAACAAACAAAUGCACUCCACUGGAUCCGCAGUCAUCUAGAGAUCCACCCUGACACCUCACUACCGAAACAGGACGUGUUUGACGAAUACAAGACAUAUUGCGAUAACAUGAAGUAUCGUAACCUGAGUCCGGCAGACUUCGGGAAGAUGAUGAAGAUGGCGUUCCCCAACCUGAAGGCGCGGCGGCUGGGCACUCGAGGGAACUCCAAGUACUGUUACGGCGGGCUGCGGAAAAAGUCGGAACUUCAACCUCCCUCUUUCCCCUCCCUGGACCUUCCUUCUAAGACAGACCAGGUUACGGAACAGAACGAUGACCAGAUCGUGUCGGCAGCGAGUUACCUGGUGUGUGAGUGGGCGCAGGGCACGCUCAAACGCUCGUUCGACACCGUGCUGGACCUCGCUCGCUACCUAAUCCUCAACAACGUGGUUUCGCGAGCUUCGACGGCCGCCUUCACGGUUCUCCACGCGGGCGACAAGGCCACAACGUCACCCCGUGCUGGCUCAGCCAAUGGGGGCUCCUCGCUGAAGCCGCUACUGUCGCCGUCACCGUUCGGCAAACCUCUCGAUGCCAAACAACAAUUACAGCGGAAAAUCCACAGAAAACAACAGGCUGAACAGCUAAGGAAGUUGAGAGAAGAACAGGGUGCACCUGCAUCUCAAGCAGCAGAACCAGUCACCCCUCCACAAACACCAACCAAUCAGGUCGUGUCUUUCCAGCUGCCAACCAAUCAGGUACCAGCCUCCCCCAUCAAGCAGACCAACCAGGUGGCAGCUGUCAUGAUCAAAGUGACCAAUCCUGUGACAGCUUCUCCCAUGACUCUAACCAAUCAGGUGCCUGCUUCCUCCAUUGCUCAGGCAGAUAAAGAUAAAACUGUGACUGUGACAUCAUUGAAACCCUCUAGCUCAGGGGAUGAAACCAAACAUGACACACAAGACAAAGGACCAACAACAAGUAGAAAAGGUGACCAGGGUACUGGAGUAUCAAGUUCCUUGAACAAUGGGUCUAAAACUCAGGAUUCCUCUAAGGCAAGUGCAGACGCUGUGAACUCAGGUAAAGAAUUAAAGGGGGAUAUCGUUGCCACAAUAAGUGCUGCUGGACAGACAAAGAAGAUGGUAGCUCCAGGGGAAAAUAUGUCAGCAACGAUUGUCCUGCAGGGCAUAUCAGACACUAACAAGGCUGUGAGUGCAGGGGGUGGGUCGUCAAGAGACUCUUUGACUUUAACUGUCGCUUCUACAACUAACUCCUCCCAGGGAAACUCUUUAAACAGUGCCUUUGGAAAGCAGGCCAGUAAGUCUGGGAGAAAAGAGGCCACCGGACAGGUUUCGAUGCAAAGGGCGGCGGUUGCAAGCGUGGCCGUCACUCCGAAGGGCAGCAUCCCGACGAUUGCGGUGACGCUGCCGUACUUCUACAAACUGGUGUCUCCCGUCGUGACCACGUCCUCUUGUUCUUCAACCACUCCAACUACCUCGUUGCAACUGAACGCUGCUGUAUCAAGCCAGAACCCGUUAGCCGCGGCCAUGCCUGUCGGCACCGUCCUCUCUACCGGCGCUGCGCCAAUCAUCCGGGUCGUUUCCUUGGCAACUACGGGGGCACCGUCGGCGUCCGUUUCGAGUGCGUCGGGGCAGCUCGCCGCCUUGGCAACACGACAAGUCGCAGCCAAUCAGAAACCUGGUACCGCAGUCGUCGCGCUUCCACAAAUAUACACCACAACCAGUGAAACAGCCAUAGCUGUUCCCAUCGCUACAGUAACGUCUGUUGCCAAGGCAACAUCUGUUACCAUGGCAACUACAUCAUCCCUUGUUUCGGCAACAGGCAAGGCGAAGGCUACGGGUACAGCUUCGGAGAAGAGACCAGCUAGCGAGGCUGCUUCACCCGCAAAACGACUGGCUGUGAGCCGGGUGGGGGAAGAAAGGAUGACAAACAGCAACACGUCACAAAACAGACAGAAGAACGUGGUACAGUCAGAAAAUACACCUCAAGAAGGAUCCCUCUGCACAGAAACAGUGGCCAGUACUCAGCAAAGACAUGGACAGCCUCAGAAUCCUCCAUUGCAGGUUGUUAACGUGAAUACGCUAGUUGCUAAUAGCAACAGGUUGCCACAGGAGGCCCCGCCUAGCAACCAGAGCUACAGUGGUGAGCUGAAGCUGACCACGCCCAGUCAGGACUUGCUCUCACCAAAUCAGGAAGUUAGGAACAUCAUGCAGCAACCUUCCCACCCCUCCUCAAAACUGGCAUCCUCCAACCCAAGCACCCCAGGGACAAGAAGCAAAGGCAACACUCCAUUGCAGGAGAUUGCAGAGUUGGUAGACUGCCAGUACGGGGCAAACCUCACAUCUCCACUUUCUCACACCAACACUCCCACCCCGAGAAGCAACCUGCCCUCCCCCGUUAUGGAGAUGGAACAUGCCACGAGGCAGCAGGUUCCACUAGGACAGGAUACCAUGAUGGCUUAUACCACUCUCGCACAGGAGACACAGAUCAAUAUACAACUGCAGCAAAAGGUUGUCCAGGACGCCGUGGACCAGGUGAUCCAGUCCACCACACCAAUGUCCACCCCACGAGCCACCCCUACGCAGGGAAUGGGCACUCCCAGGGCCACCCCUACCCAGGAAAUGCUCACUCCCAGGCACACGCCGACGUGUAUGUCCAUGUCUGCGCCCAAUAGUGUACCACCAAGUCCCGUGGAUCCGCGGGAACCGUUUUCGUUCAUGCCCAUCCAACAGAACCCCGUGUACGACGACGCUAACAUCAGCAUGAACACGUCCAGUCCCAUCAAGCCGAUGCAGAGACCGCGGGCGACACAUUUCAACGCCAACAACUCCAACUCCAACCCUGAAUGGGCAGACAAACAGCAAGGGAACCCUUCCACCAGUCGACCGCACCCCCACCCAGUUAUCAAGAGACCAUUGCACAGAGGAGCGGCGGCAACAACAACGGCAGCGUACAAAAGCUCGGCGGCGGUUCUGUGUUCCGUAACCCCAACAACCCGAACGAGAGUGCAGCCGUAUUUCGGAGCCCGACCAACGGGCAGGACCACAUACAGCAAAUCAGACAACGGUUCAUUCAGGAGAGGCUUGGUCAGAACAGGUUUUCCAACCACCCGGCGUACGCCAUGAGGAGAAAUCCUCACCGCAACCUCUCUGGCGGGUCAAACUCCUCGCUGACGUCCCCUUUGGUUUCGCCGUGUAGCAGUCGUAGUGUCACGCCGGUCUCUCCAAUAAUCGAGCACGGAAACCAGAUGGAUACGAGUUACGGCGGGCUGAACCAAAAUACCGGAUCGAGAAUCCACCUUCCACAGUCGCCAAUUUACCCAGCAGGCCAAGCGGGUAUGGGCUACCCGGUGCAGAAUCGUAACCGCCAUCGAAACUUAUCCGGCUCGAUCCUCUAUUCGCCCCACCAUCAGUCGAGUUUGAGCGCGCAGCUGAGGGCGUACACUCAGCAAAUGCAUCAGCAGCAACACCACCACCAACAGCAGCAGGCUGUUCCAACAGACCAGCAGCCUCCCACCACUUUCAGGAGCCAGUCAGUGCCGUUACCCGAACUUCUGAACAACCUCGCUGGUUUCAAUAACUAUAACCAGCA